GCGCGGCUCUUUCUCACCGGCGCGCGCGGGCGGAAGCAGGGGGUGACGCUUCCCCGGUAAACGGCGCGCGCCUCCAGUCGCAGUCAGUGAGUCACUCCGAAGCAGCGCCGGUGUUGGCUCGUUCAGUCGCUCGCGCUCAGUCACCGGCGGCGGAUAUAAGCGGAAUCUAACGGCAGGAUGUGAACAUCAGCAGCGAGUCGUGCCGCUGCAGCCACAGGACACAGGACAUGUAGAGGAUCCCGCGCGCGCGUCGGUGAGUGGCGCGUGCGCGUCUGGCGGAAAAAAAUAAAGCCGGGGUUAAAAAAUGCGCGGUGCGUCGGCGCGGAGCUGAAGCGCAACUCUCUUACAGGGAUUAAUACAGAUCGCAAUAAGAAUUAAGAAAACAACGACACAACAACAAACCCACAAUUUCAAUGAUCAACAGCGUGCGGGUGCGUGAAUUCAGGCGCGUUCGUGCGCUUUAUUUGUCCGAGAUGACCGGAUGAGGGAAGGACACGCGACUGGUCUCGAGCAGCAGGUUCACCAGCGGACACGCGCAGGUGGCGCCCUCCAGGCCUGUAGACACACUUGAGCACGGAUCAUGUUCUAAAGCAGAUCAGCCAUGAAAAGCAUAGGGGCCAGCCACACUCGUCACUUGUCGGACUCCUGCAUGCCUGUGGCAGGACCCCAGGAGCCGAUAUGCCCCUUGACCCCGGACCCCCAUGCAUCGUACAUCCUAAGCCCCGCAAUCAGCCACUAUGGUACCCUCGAUCCACACAUGCACCACUUCCCUCCUGCUAGCCCCAUUGCUCUGCAGUCCGACUGCCUGCUGCCCCUCAACAACCAGCUGACCACCAGCAACACCUUCCCUCGCUUCCAGUUCCCCUCCCAAGUCAAUCCGACGGAAUACACUCAGCAGGGUUGUGUGUCUCAGACGGCCUCUCGCACAGGCACCCUCACCACCUCUGCAUCUAUGGGAAUGGGCUUAGGUCUUGGACUCACGGUUCCACCUAUGAUCAGCAGUGGCACAGCAACAAUCUCUUCAGCUGCAGCAGCCAAGAUGAACCGCAUCCCAACUGGCCUGCUGGACCAGCUAGAGCACCAUGUUCCACUACAACGCGAUGGCUUCAGCACACUUCAGUUCCAUAGACGGAGUCGAGGUGCCAAGCAGCGCAGUGAGAGCCCUGGUCGUAUCCGCAACCUGGUGCACUCAGUCCAAAAACUGUUCUCCAAGACACAGUCUAUAGAGGGCUCGGGCGGUAAGGGGACUGUGCAAGGAGCCGAUGGCACCAAGGCCACACGCCGGUCCAAGAGUAAGGACCGUGCCAAGACAGAGGGUGCCAAAAGACGUGGACGGCCAAACCUCUCCGGAUUCUGGAGCUCAGAUGACGCUCUGGAGGAUGAAGCAACAACUCAAGAGGCAACCGGUCCAGUGGCCGUAGCUUAUCGUAACCCACUGACCAUGAUGACACUGGGCAGGGCAGUGUCAGACAGCCAGGCUCCUCCCAGAACACACGUACAGGGCUACAAUACCAUCGCUGCUCACCGUUCUCUCAAGCCUUCCAAGAGCAGUGGAGAGCUGAAAACUCAGACAAUUUCCUCAACUGGUGGAUCAGCAGGGGAUGGUACACUGGCAAAAAGAGGUUCUUGGUCAACACUAACUCUGAGCCAGGCUCGGCAGGUGCUGCAGAAAGGAACAGCCACAGUGAACCGGACAUUGCUCAAGUCUAAGUCCUACCACCAGGAGUUGACCUCCAACUUCUUACAGGUUCCUGUGGGAGAUUGGAGUGGGACUGUAGGUAAAGGAGCCGGAGCAGGAGGAGAGAUCCCAUGCAGGAGAAUGCGCAGUGGCAGUUACGUCAAAGCCAUGGGAGAUCCUGAGGACAGCGACCAGUCUGAUAGCCCUCCCUCACCAAAACCCUCGCCAAAAACAGCCGCCCGGCGCCAGAGCUAUCUAAAGGCCACACAACAGUCACUCAGUGAACAGCAACCGCCUCUGCCACCUCGCAAACACCGAUCAUGCCCCUUCAUGUGGGAGCAGUAUGGGGUGUCAUGGGCUCCUCUACAGAACGCCUACUCCAUGCAGCACCUGGCAAGUUGCUUGCCAUCUUUGAGAGAACUCACCACCAACCGCAGCCUGGAUAACCUGGACUGUCUGGUGGGGCAAAGUGAUUCUCAGCACUGGGAGAGAGAAGGGAACUUCGGUCACGGCUCGUCCACACUCGGACGGAGUUCUGGCAUUAGCCAGAUGGAUCAGAGCUGUCUGUGCUCGGCAGCUUACAGCCACAUGGACUCACAGGCGGUGGAGGCUCUGGAUCUGCCAACACCAACCUGCUUCCGCUCGCGCAGCCACAGCUACCUACGUGCCAUCCAGGCUGGCUGCUCUCAGGACGACGACUCGGACUCGGACGAACCUCCUCUGAACACCGAUAGCAACACGAGCACCCGGAAUAAGACUCCACCCCCGGUUCCUCCUCGCUCCGCCUCCAAGCCCUUUAUCUCAGUGACGGUGCAGAGUAGCACGGAGUCGGCGCAGGACACCUAUCUGGAGCAGCGCAGCGACGCCAACAGCCAAUCAGGACGCAGCAAUUCGUCAGACAGUGCCACCAGUUCAAGGACAGGAAGCCUUGCCAAAGCUCCUCUCCCCCUGAUACCCCAUAUCCCUGUGCCCAUCCCCCUGGUUCCCCCCAUCCCCGUUCCAGUGCCCAGUGCCCGUGUGAGCAGCCCUCCUCCUCCUCCUGCCCGAGAAACCCAGACCGUGAGCGUCGGCUUCACACAGGACGAACUUCGGGGUGCCGCCAGGAGGAAACUGUCCUCCAUCGGUAUCCAGGUGGACUGUGUUCAGCCUGUACUCCGAGAGGAACACACCCCCACCACGAAGUUCCAGUCUAUUGGAGUUCAGGUGGAGGACGGCAGGCCGCUGAGUCGCUUCAGCAGCAUGGCGUCCAGACAGGAGACAGCCGAGGUGGAGCCUCAGGACCGGACGGACGGUAAGGUGGAGAGCAGUAGCUUGGCUUGCAGCACUCAGACGCUGGACUGUACAGGCUGCGUAGGCAGAGCACAGAAAUCCUCCUCCACCGUCACAGAGAGCAUUGAGGAGGCUCUGGACCCGUCCUCUCUGCCUCCUCCUCCUCCGUCCCUGCAGAGCGUGAGCGUGAACGGAGCAUCAGACCAGCCCGGGGCCCCGGCGGCGUGCCUCAGGGACGGACACUGCUUUCUCCGACUGCUGCAGGCUGAGACGGGGCGCAUGGAUGCCUGGUGCCAGCAGAUGGAGCAGGAAAGCAAAGAGAAGCAGCUCUCAGAAGAAGUGCUGGGGAAGAUCCGCAGUGCGGUAGGCAGCGCUCAGUUGCUCAUGUCUCAGAAGUUCCAGCAGUUUCGAGGCCUGUGUGAGCAGAACCUGGACAUGAACGCUCAGCCGCGGCCCACUGCUCAGGACCUGGCGGGCUUCUGGGAUCUUCUGCAGCUCUCCAUCGAGGACAUAAGCAUGAAGUUCGACGAGCUUCACCUGCUCAAGGCCAACGACUGGAAACUGCCAGAGAGCAGCAAAAAGGAGGAAAGGAAGCCUGCGACCGUGACGACACCGAAGAAAGCACCAAAGCCCAAAGCCAGUGGGCCGAAGGAGAAGAGCAGCGGAGACUCGGCCGCUGAUAAACAGAGACAGGAAGCACGGAAGCGGCUGAUGGCUGCCAAACGAGCCGCAUCCGAGCGGCAGAACUCUGCCACGGAGAGCGCAGACAGCAUUGAGAUCUACGUCCCUGAGGCUCAGACUCGCCUCUGAGAGAAACCACACACACACGCACACACACACACACAAACACACCGACUCACGCGCUUUUGGAGCCUACAAAGACGCAGAACUACGGAACAGCACGAACGUGGGAAAUAAUAAAUAAAUAAACUGUGUGUCAGCGCCGUAGCGCUGCCCAAGAAGUUUAUUACUCUUUUACUUGUUCUAAUAAGAAUUAUUAUACAGAGCUGUAAUUAUCUCACGGAAUAAUAUAUCAAACCCUCGCCUGUAAAUUGUCUUCAUAUCUCAGACGCCACGUCGCGUGUGUUUUACGUGGGUGUGUGUUCUAAAGAAUCCGCCGCCCUUCAGUCACCCCGCCCACCCUGAGACACCCUCGACAUGCCCCCAUCCCCGACCCCACUCCCCUCCUUCCCCAGCACGCACUCAGGAUUCUGCACGUGUGCACUUGUUUUACAGCAAUGUGGUCUUCCUCUCCUCCUCUUUACACCUUCCAUCAUCAUCACCACUUAUUAUUGUUAUUAUUAUUAUUAUCAUCACUGCAUCAUCAUUUAGGGCAUUCAAAUUAUAGGCAUGUGGAAUUUUAUGGGGGGGGGUAUUUUGGCACUAAUCCACCUUCAGACAUUUAAAAAGUCAUGAAUUCAUGCUGCGUUCGCACUAACCAGCGGCGGUCCAUUUCAUAUUCAACUUUUCUACAUGCCUUAUGAGGAAUAUAAACCUUUGAGGCAUGCGGUUACAGGAAAAUAAAUACACAACGAUUAUAUUUGUCCAUGAAAGAAUGAUGCAUAAUUUUUAUCCGUUUAGAGUUAUGUGCAACGUCCAUGAAACAAGUUUCUGUUCUCAUGUUAGCUACAAACCCUCGUUCUCUUACCACUCUCUCUCUCUUUCUCUCACUCUGUCUGUAUAUCUCUCUCUCUCUCUUCCCCCUCUAUACAGUUUAAUAAAAGAAAAACGCAGCUUUUCCUGUUCCAAGCAAAAUGUGGCCGAACAAUUAAGACUGUUACAAAGCGCUGACACUGGAGACUCCUUCCAAAUACGUCUCCUUAUAUGAAACAAAUCAUAUCAAAUUCAGCAAAGCUGUGGAGUAAGAACUUCUGAUUUUUUUUUUCCUCCCUAAAAUUAGAUAGAUGUUAGACUGAGAAGGUUCUUCUCCCGUUUUCUCUCAUGUGCAUCUGAAAUAUUUUGGCUCAUGAAACGUAUGAACCCAGGGUCAGAUCACAAAAACCAAGAGCUAGAGAAUGUCUAAUUCUGUCCAGCGGAUAUUUUAUUCAUUUUACGGAUUAAUUAUAUUAAUCCUGCAUUUCUGACUGAAUUUUCCCCACUGUCUGUUUGUCAAUCGUUUUUGUUUUAUAAUAUUGAAGUAACUAUGUCUCUGUGCUGGUCAUGACUGUGUGUGUAAAACAAUUCUUCUGCUUUCUGAAUGUAGAGGGGACUUUAAAACACUUCAGCUGUGUGCUUUCGCACGUCGACUCAUCCUCAGCACUCGCACCUCGACUUUAUGAAAGGGAUGUUUCACGGCUUAAGGUUUUAUGCGCUUCCUGAAUUUCAUCCUCCAUCUACAGACUGAUUGAUUUCUAUUUUUUCCCUGGUGAAUGUAAGGACGUCCGAUACACACUCCGUACACUGAGACUAUCAGAUUUGCUGAUUUUGUUUUUUUUCGUACAUUUAACUCGUCACAAUGAUCGUUGAGGGUCAUUAUUUCAAUCUCGCACACGUCAUUAGCUGAAAAAUAUCAAGUCCCCACAGCAGCACCUUAUCAGAAAUCAAUAAUCGGAGCACGGAUGUUGUCGUGGAAAAAGGGUCGUGUUUCAUUCACGCUAACACGGCGCUCCUUUUUGUCAUGCAGAGAUUUUCAUGAAGAGAUUGUUUGAAAAUUUGUUCUUUGGAUCCUAGAGGUUAUAUACUGCAUUUUUUUUUUUAAUUAUAGUCGGAAGAGAACUUGAUUUGAUUAGAACCCCUUUCCACGCAGAGUAGCUAUGCAUCACUUUAGUUUACAUUCGAUAUCUUAGGGUCAGAUUUGAGCUUCGAGGUAAAUCCUGUGAAAUAAUUUUAUAGGAUUUAACGAAUUCUGCAUCACAUGACUGAAAAUAGCCGUCCAGUUUUCAUCAGACAGCCUACAUUCACACUAGCGAGCCACAAGCAGCUGUUUAUUUUUAUUUUUAACUACAUACAAACCGCUUAAAAUUUCAGCGACACUUAAAAUUUCAAUCAAGAUUUUCUUGAUUUUGUGAAGCUGUAAAAUACAAACCGUCAUUCCAUGUCUGGCUUGAAGGACUGACAAACAAAUCUUCACAACUUUAUCUGAAUUUCGGAUGUUAGAGACGUUAGGAAGAAAAACGAAACUUGGAAGGAAGAUAGAGAUCUCUGGCGUUACUGAUAAGUGUACAUAGCUAGGAGAGUUAGCUUGCAUUGCUAAACUAAUCCAAGCUAGGCUAAAAUAGUUCACUCUAGACAAUGAAAUCAAACAACUAAUCCUACUGUUUAUCUACUUGGUUUUAGAAGAUGUUUAUAGCUAAAAAUAAAUAAAUAAAAGAUGUACAAACCACGCCCACAAACCCAUGCAACUUGUCACUCGCUGGUGUGAAUAUAGUGACCCAACACACACACACAGCUCCUGGGAACAACACGGCUGUUAGUCCCCAAAAACCACCAAUCUCUCCACUGUCCCUUAAUGUAUAAUGUGUGUGUGUGAGAGAGUGGGUAAGAGACACUCCAAUUUCACACAGUUUUGAACCAGCAAACAUUUCAUCUCAUUACCCAUCAAAACUCCACACACAACACACUCCACAUGCAUUUCUCGCCACUUCCAUGACGCCACUAUCAUCGUACAAUCCCCUUCUUCUUUUUUAUUUUUUUCCUGUACCGUAGACUGAACUGUAUGCUAGCGUUAGCUUUAGACUCUGCAGAAUGUGCAUAUUUUGGAUUAUUUUUAAGAGAAGCUGUACAUUUUCAUUGUCCAGAGAAAUAUUAAACUUCCCUUUUCUUCUUUUUUAUACACAGAGUUUGUCAUCAUUCAUCUUUCAGGUUCAGUUUUUUUUUGUUUGUUUGUUUUGGUUAAUCGUCACAACGAUAGCAUCACAUUUCAUAUUUUACACGAAUACAAAAAAAAAGAGAAAAGUUUGUAUUUUUCAUUGUUAUAUUUGAGUGCAUUAUGUAGGGCAGUGAGGUGUGUCUGUGUGAAGGGAUCCUGCUCACUGUCUUCUGAGGAGUUUCUUUGGAGCUUCUUGUUGGUUUCUGUGAGUAACGAAACCCCGGAACAUGUCGUACCUUUUCCUUUAAUCGUCAGGUGUGAACUCUGUAUAAUGAACCACACACUGAUCUCUGCAAUAAGAUUCCUCACACACUCUGUUCUUAAACUGCUGGUUUCUGGUGUCAGGUAGAAAACCUGCACAAUAUUUCCAUCAUCAUUAAGCUGUAGCGGUGGAUUUUAGAGGAAAAUGGAGUUGUUUUGUCUUCAGACCAAAGCAUCAAUAGUUCAACAGUCAUAACAGAUAUAUUAUUUAGACAUAACACAUAACAUCAUUUCCUGUAAACAGCAGCUGUUAUGUUUAAAAGUUUGAAUCGUUUCCAUAAUGUCCAAGAGUCAGAGUUUGGUUGGGUUUGUACUGUUAAAGCUAAGCUUCAUCCUAAAUCGACAUAAUAAUGCAAAAACCAGACAUUUAGUGGGGUCCGACAUUUCAUUUAAAGAAAUAUUUGGUUUAAACUUCAGUCAUUGACAUGCAGGUUCCUACAGUAACCACAAUUCCUGUGGACUACCUGUUGAUAAUGGUGCGGUGAUACUUUCACCUUGAUGCAGCGGCGCUUUAAUCCUUUACUCUAUCUAGCUCAUCGGUACACUGCUCAAACAGGUUAGCCUCCAGAGUUAAAAAUAUAUCUGUUUUUAAAAUCAAAUUUUUUGUCACACACUAAAACCAUCAUCUGAAAUAUUAGAAAUAUUAAAUGUAUUUAAAGAUAACUUCUUUUUUUUUAACAUUUUGAUAUUAUGUUGUUGUUUUUUUGCAGUCUGGACCUUCUCAGAGAUGACAAACCUUACCUUUAAGAUCCAUGAGCGAUCGUUUUUUCUUUACCGCAAAAUAUUUGCCUCAACACUUUUGCCAGAUCAUUACCCAAAGCUCUGUAUACAAUUCCACCUUCAAACGUAAAGCCACACAUCUGUCCUGAGGCUGACCGUGUAGAUCGUGUAGAUCGACGGUCAGUUUUUAGCCUCUGUGACGUCUUUUUCUUAUGGAAAUCAUUGUGUCAGACUCAUGAUUAGGAACAUCUCGAUGAGCGUGUGUUGACUUGCACAGCGGUAGCCAUCAGCUUCACGUACUUAUUAGCCUGCUUGCCUUCAUCCUGGCUGAUCAUCUACACAUUACAUUUUUAUUUUGGCCAAACUAUUACUUUAAUAAAAUCUAACAGUGUACAAAGUAA